UCUCGGAACAGAUAGGACGUAACGAAAUGCUUAAGGCAUUAAGGUGAUUGUGCAUAAAACUAAUUUUUCAUCUUUAAUUUAUCAUUCAUCGACAAGCGGUUCUGAAUGCGCGUCUGUGUUCUAUCUGUAUAAAAGGUUAGACCUGGAGAUUUUUUUUCCAAUCGCUACACUAUAACAUUCUCUUACAGAGAGAGUGAGAGUGAUAGAGGGGAUGUAUUAGAAGGGGAGUUAUUAAAGAUUUCAUAGAGAUAAAGGAAGGAAUUCUUCACGGUUAUAUGUAUUGAUGUUUAUAAAGCUGCAGCGAGAGGAUCUAAAACAUUCGUAACAAUAUCCAAACUGUUUAGAGUGUUAACUUGGGGAAAUUACAAAUUAACGUUAUAUCUUGCAAUCGUUUUUACUCAUGCGCUGCGUUUGUAUGCAGCGAAAAUAAAUUGUUCAUUUGAUAAAUGAAUUGUUCCUAGCCAGUGUGUAAAUGUAAAAUGUACGAGGAUUUAACAGACCACAAAGUUAUCUUGUUUUAUCAGUUUUGUGGCGAAUAAAAAAACGUUAAUGAAACACAGUGUGAGCUCAUUGAUUUUUCUAGGAUAUUACUCGUAAAAACCUUUGUUUGACACACACUGAAAAAUAACACAGGUAUAUAUAAAUAUACUCUAUUUUGCAUUAUGUUUAAACAGUGUAGUUUUGUAUUCAUAACUUAGUUCAACACGCUCGUGAUAAAACUUACCAGUGUUCAUUCACUAUAUAAAAAAUAAUGUGUGUUUAAUAAGAUAGAUCAAUCACGUCACGGUUAUUCUAUUCUGGAGUUUACCUGAUUUAUUAUCUACAUCAAAACAGAAAUUUGAAACUAUUCCGAAUAUCGUAGUAUUUAUCACGGAAGUGCAUGUAAUGUUAUAGCGUAUAACAAGUUAUAUAUCACGUUUUAAACCUGUAUAAAAUGCUUACAUUGUUUUAAUACAUUACUAACAACCUUCAGGUUUAAAUAAUUGUCCAUAACAUAUUUAUAGGUAUGGGAUUUAUUCUAAUGUACUAUAUUGAGUUUACAGCUAUUUAAAAUCGAUUUUGUUUGCUUCGUUUCGGUUAAUUGCCUAUUCAAAUAUACUAUCUAUAGAAAUACGGUUUACUAGUUGUAGUUCGUCAAACUGGAGCCUACACAGCACCGCGGAAGGCCGCGUAGACCGUAUCCACCGAGGCUUCUUUUUAAAAGAUCCCAAAGUAAAGGGACAAAUGUUGGAAUGGCGGAGGGGGCUCAUGAUAGGGACCCCCUCCCCCCGGACACAAGGGAGGAGUACGAUAAAACAGAGAAAUGGCUAGACGAGCACCCGGAUUUUGUGCAUGAUUAUUUUGCGCGAAAAGCGAAAAGGAGUAUGGUGGAUGGAUGGCUUAUAUCUCACGCAAUCAAACACACCGCCGGACUACUUCAGUCCGACGGUAAUUCGUCGGCGGGGUCAAAAAAUAAUUCCAAAAGUAAUUCCGGGGCUAAUACACCUGUUCGCAAAAUAUCGGCACAAGAGUUUGAAAAAGGAGGAAUUCUUAAUCCUAUGAUAAGCAGUGUUGAUGGUGUCCCUACGUUCCUAAGUCCGUCGCCGACGGCUCAGUCUCCUUCCCAAGGACGGUUGCAGAGCAGAUCACGAAGUGAACUUAAAGAGCUCGACGAAAAGGAACUCAUGUAUGAGUUAGUAAUGGAUAUAUGCAAUGAUUUGGAUGUAACGAAUCUGUGUUUCAAGAUAUUAAACAACUGUUGUACACUGUUGAACGCUGACAGAUGCUCCAUGUUCCUAGUGCAGGGCAAGGGUACAAAUGAAAAAUACCUAGUUGCUAAAUUAUUUGAUGUGAAUGGCCAGACCUCCCUUGAGGAAAUAUCUAAUGUGAAAGAGGAAAUUCGAGUACCCUGGGGUACGGGUAUUAUAGGAAACGUAGCAAAGACUGGAGAGGUGCUCAAUAUCCCGGAUGCAUAUAAGGAUUCUCGCUUCAACGCUGACAUAGAUAUACGUAUGGGGUAUAAAACACAAAGCAUAUUAUCUAUGCCAAUUAAAGACAACGAAGGGGAAGUGAUAGGUGUUGCCCAAGCUAUCAACAAGGUUACAAACAGAAACCAACCUUUUACCGAACAUGAUGAAAAGGUGUUUGCCUCUUACCUAGCUUUUUGUGGUAUUGGUUUGAAAAAUGCUCAACUUUAUGAACGAUCUCUCUUGGAAAACCGACGAAGCCAGGUUUUGUUAGACCUUGCUCGUGUCAUAUUUGAAGAACAGAGUAAUGUUGCUAACCUUAUACAGAAGAUUAUGAUGCAUACACAGUCAUUGCUACAGUGUGAGAGGUGUCAGGUCAUGUUGAUUGAUGAAUCAAGCAAGAAUAAUAAGCGUAAGCCAAGGAGAGCCUCUAAAACGGGUAUUUUUUCUCAGGUAUACGAUCUUGCAACUGAUGAUUUUGAUAACAGUGAGACGUACACACGAGAAGGACCAACGGAACCUCGAUUUCCUAUACAAAUCGGAAUUACGGGACAUGUGGCAUCAACUGGCGAGCCGUUGAAUAUACCAGAUGCUUACAAAGACCAGAGAUUUGAUCCAACGGCGGAUGUGCAGACAGGUUUCAAAACAAAGUCAAUUCUAUGUAUGCCGAUCAAGAAUGCAGAGGGUCGUGUGAUGGGCGUUAGUCAACUCAUAAAUAAAAAAGACGGAACACCUUUCACUAAAAACGAUGAGAAUCUCUUUGAGGCAUUUGCAAUAUUUUGUGGAAUGGGAAUUUAUAAUACUCAUAUGUAUGAAACUGCAGUAAGGGCCAGUGCAAAACAACGGGUAGCUAUAGAAGUGUUAUCCUAUCACGUAUCAGCACCGUCGGACGAAUGUGCAAAAGUUAAGAAUUCCGUUAUACCCACCUGCCAGGACUACCGUUUGCUUGACUACGAUUUUAAUGACUUGGCAUUAGACGACGACGAUACUAUACGAGCUAGCAUUCGUAUGUUCAUAGACCUUGACCUUCUAGAGAGGUUCAGAAUAAAUUAUGAUACUCUAUGCAGAUGGUUAUUAUCUGUGAAAAAGAAUUAUCGAAAUGUUACAUAUCACAAUUGGCGACACGCAUUUAAUGUAGCACAAACCAUGUUCUGUUGCCUCAAAAAAGGUCAACUAGGGAACGUUUUGAGCGACGUAGAAAGUCUUGCUCUUGUUGUCGGAUGUCUAUGCCAUGACCUUGACCACAGAGGCACAAAUAAUCAAUUUCAAAUCAAAACAAUGUCUGCGUUGGCGGAACUUUACUCUACCUCAACCUUAGAACACCAUCAUUUUGACCAGUGUAUCAUGAUAUUAAGUACGGAGGGCAAUGAAAUAUUAUCGGGAUUAUCUCAGGAAGAAUAUGAAUCGGUUAUUGGUCUACUUGAAUGUGCAAUACUCUCAACAGAUCUGGCAUUAUAUUUUAAACAUAGAGGUGAGUUCUUCCGGCUUGUUGAAGACGAGACAACGGAUUGGGAUACGGAUGAACAUCGUGACCUAUUGAGAUCUAUGAUGAUGACAGCGUCUGAUGUUUCUGCUAUCACAAAACCAUGGGAGGUUCAGAAGAGGGUUGCAGAUCUUAUUGCCAGUGAAUUCUUUGAGCAAGGUGAUUUAGAGAAAACACAGUUGAAAAUUAAACCAAUAGAAAUGAUGGAUAGAGAUCAGAAGGACAAACUACCGGUUAUGCAAGUCAGUUUUAUUGAUGCUAUAUGCUUGCCCAUAUAUAAGGCAAUUGUCAAAGUAUCACCUAAUUUGCAACCGCUGCUGGAUGGAUGUCAGAGAAAUAGAGACAAUUGGGAAAAACUGGCAAAGAGCAUGGAUAAAGCACAGGUUGAUGAACGCGAACAAGAAACUGUCAAGCCGCACAGCUGACAUAAACCGAAAUGUGUGCUAGUGUAACGCACCCUGAGCACAUAACAGUCAUUCAAGGAUAAAUUAUUGUUAUCCAGGAACAUUCAUUAAUUGAAAUAAGAUGAUAUUAAAAAUUAACAUUGGGGCAAUGUGUAAAUCUUUGAAAGAUUAUGUUAUGUCAAUACAUUUUUGUUUGUUUACAGAUGUGGAUAUAAGAAGUGAGUUGUGUUUUCAGAUACUGUCUGAUAUUGUGUUGCAAAAUGACAUUGCAAACCAUACGAGUCCCAACUCGUUCACCGUGGAACGGUUGUGAAUUAAAGUGAUGUAACGAUCGAUUUGUCUUUACACAUAUUUGUUAAAUUUCAGCUACUGUAGAACAUUACUUUCAAAGCAUGACUCUGUGAUAAACAAAUAGACACCAAAGGAGAUUUGAGACGGUUAAAGAAAUAUUGAUUUUGAAUUAGUUUUUAUUUGCGUUUAGACAGAAGAAAAUUCAACACUUAUGUGAUUUUCCCGUGUAGUCUUAACAGUAAAUGUACGUAAUUAUGUCUUAAUACUAUCACUUUUUUUCACGUUAUGAUUGAUAUUCAGUAGCGUCGUAAAUAGGGUUUGUGCUUCAAAUUAUUGAAACUUGUGGAUGCUUGCUUUAUCUGUGAUAAAAUUAUGAAGAAAUCCAUGUUAUUGGUGUAAGUUUUAUUGUUGUAUAUGUAUCACUGUAAUAUGUUAUACUUGUAUUUUUAACAGAUAUUUUCUUUAUCUAUUCACAAACCAAUUGUAAUUUGUUUUAAAUCUAUUAGUGUUUAUUUGUUGACAAUUACAACUUUAGCGAAAAAGGUAAACAAUAGCUUUCAUUAUACUUUUAAAUUCUUCCCAACUGUGUGAUUCAGAUAACGUUGUACUGCAAAAAAGCCAAUAGUGUUAAUCGAGCAGGAUCUCCGUGAUCGAGUGGUUAAGGGCACUGACUUCGAUCCACUUGAUCAUCACCGCCUUCAGUUUGAGUCACGUCAGCCACUCGUUCCUGAAAUAAUGCACAAUUGAUCACAUGAGGUCUUGUUCUACCAGAAAAAAACUACACAUUGCAAUUAACCCUACAGUUUUUAUAAGCACAAAAAGUGAAUUCAUCUGUCUGUAAAAUUUAUUUUAAUAUAGUAUGUGAUGAUAAUUAAUUGCUUCAAAUUCUUCCUAUAUCUAAAUUUGUACAGGUUUUUCUUAAUAAAUGCUCCGAAGUGUUAGUCGAUUUUACCAUUGUUAGGUAGGGCGAUAUUAUUUUUUGUAUACAAUUUAAAUACUCAAGUUGCUCCCGCAUUUUUAUGUAUUAUAAAUGUAUUAACAAUUUUUCAUUGUUAUUAGAUAAACAACCCGUUUAUGAAAGUCUUAUGACGUCUUUUAUAUUGCAAAAAAAAUAUGAGUUGAUACUGAAGUUAUUAUUAAUAUAAGAGUGUCAGUUUUUUAACAUAUAUAUUUCUAGUUUACAUAUUUUAACUGCGCCCACCACUUUCUUCGUUUACAUAUUUAUUAUAGACAAAAACUAAUACCGCAUUGCUUUAAUAGUGAGGAAAUGGUGAUUUUUUUUUCUUGUGUUAAUUUUCAGAUGAUUCAAGAUGCAAACAAUGGGUGCUUUCCAACUAUCUGUUAUUCAAUCGAUCUGUUUUGUGAUACUUUGUGUAUUAAGUGUCAAUAUGUAAUGUUUUAAUAUUUUAUACAAAUAUUUCUGUUAAGAUCGAAGACUGUUCAACUCUUAUUAAACAUCAAAUACAACUAUA